ACUUGAGUGCGUCGACGAGGCAAUAAGGGCACCGUAGAGCUCACCAAUUGACCUAUCCCUGCACCAAGUUGCCAGUACAAAUAGCAACCAUGGUCAGGCUGUCGCUCGCCGCCGGUUUGGCCGGCCUUGCGGGUGUCGCCGGAUUCCAGCGCCAGGCGCCGCAGCGGCCCACGACGGUGCUGCAGUACAAGAAGACGGCGAAGGAGAUGCGCGCCAAGUACCCGGAGGGCGGCAAGGUGCCGUACGUCCUGACGAAGGACGCACCGCCGCACGGCGUCGCCGGCGACGUGCUCAAGGUGAACCGCGGCUUCGCGAACAACUACCUCGCGCCCCAGGGCCUCGGCGAGCCGGCCUCGGCGGAACAGAUUGCCGCCUUCGAGGUCAAGCUCGCCGAGCGGGCCGCGGCCGAGGCCGCUGCGUUCGACGCGGCGGCUGCGCAAGCGCAGCAGCUCAUGGCCAAGGGCGACGUAAGUAUCAGCCGCGCGGCGGGCGAGGACGGUGGUGUAGAGGCCGUGUCGGCCCAGGACGUCCAGCAGGUCCUCGGCCUCGACUCGAGCGCCAAGGUCACGCUCCCGAAGAUGGACGGCUUCGGCGACUACACGGUCACGGUACAGCUCCACAAGCAGGUGAAGGUCGAGCUGCCGCUGAAGCUCGUCGAGGCCUAGGGGAAGAUCUGUCUAAUAUACGUUACCUA